UUGUCCCUUGUUCCAACUCUCGGCUCUGUGAGCUUGUUUGAACCCCACUGCAGUUCCUCAAAGCAGAUGUACUACUGCUCUAAAACACACUUGUGUCCGUCCUGCCAGACCAUCCAUACAAACCGUUCUAUAACGAGCUGAUCAUACCUACCUUGCCGGCUUUAGCUACCGACUUAAACACCGCGGCCAGAAGAGCGACUUAAAUAACGGAGAACGAAUGAAACUAACGUUCAGGUUGGUCAACGCAACCGAAUCUGUCGACCAACCGCUACCGACGGUGACGUAUUGUCAUGGAGGAUUUCUUGUGCACGAAAAGAGGAGGAGUCUAUUUGUAAGCGCAAGGGGACGAGCAGCCGUAGAGUCCGCAAAAGCACAACUACUCAGUUGUUGUGGCACCGCUCGCUAACGUUAGUCCAACCGGUGAGUGCUCAAACCGGUGGACUCAUUUCACAUCCUGACCAACGGUUGCAACUUACACAACAGGGUCAGAAAGAUUUCGACAGCGGCAGGAGGCGGAGACAGUCUACAGACAACCCUACAGACCGAGACUGGAAAUCGCGGGAACAUCGGUUGGCGACGCGAAGAAUCGGUUGUCGAAGAAUUCAGUGGUAAAUCCAUGACCAGGAACCUUUCGGGGUGAAGGGCAGCAAUGGAAGUUGUUGUGACUAAGGAGAAGAAGAAGAUUUGCCGGGCUAGGAAAACCAUGAAAAUCAGUGAUCGACAGCAGCUGGAGAGUCUUCACGGCACUUUGUUGACCGCAGCUCCAGGUAUGACCGACGCAUCUCUGCCACCUCUAAUGAACGGCACGCACAAAGAAGAUGGAAUAAAAGCGGGGGAUAAAGAGCAAAACAACAUCUCGGACUCCAGCUCACCCCAAGCUACAUCCCCUGCCUCUCCUGCUCCUUUCCUGUCACUCAAUCUGUCCCCUUCACCGGCGUCUUCACUAAGUCCAAAAUCAAAGGAGGAAACUUCCGCUUCUCCCACAUCACCAUUCCACUCUCUAAACUUUGAACUGAAAAAGAUGGAGGACGAGGAGGAGGAGGAGGAAGAGGAAGAGAAGGAGGAGGAGGAGGAAGAGGAGAAGAAGAAGGAUGGUUUGUCAUCGUACUCAUCGAAAGUGUCCGUUACACCAGCAUCAACCGAAUCCAAGGAAACCCAGAAAAAAGACACAGAGGUGACCCCAGAGAUGGAAAAGAAAAAGGAGGACGAGACUACGACAGAGGACCCAGCUGUGGAUUUGUUGAAGGAUUCUGUAAAUGGUUUGGCUCCAUGUUCGCCUGUACCCCUUCCAGUAUCCGACUGCACAGAACCUAUGGAUACAGAUAGUGACACCACAAAGGCCGAGGACAUUGGGGCCUCCACAGCCAAAAUAGAAGAUGAAAAGACUUCUUGCCCCAAAUCUACUUCUUAUGAUUCCUCUCUUCCUUGUCCUUCCUCGUCACAUCCAGCAUCCUCUUCUCAAGAUCUAAAACAAGAAAAGGAACUCAAAGAGAACCUAAAUGACGAGGAGGAUAAAAUAGAGGGUGUGAAGAAAGGAUCAACAAAGGAAAUAAAGAUUGAGGGUGUAGUAAAAGUAGAGACCAAAAAAGAAAAACCUGAAGUUGGACAAACAAAAAAGCCAUCUCGGCCAUCUUCCACCCCACCAUCCAAUACAGUAGCGCGAGAGGAGAAGGGCUCCACCUCGGGACUGAAGCGCACUUUAUCAGAGGGUUCCGAAAAAGAUUACCAAACUGUGAAAAGGGAGGGGAAGAGGCCGAAAGUGGAGCGUGAGGAGUUGGAGGCACAACUGGAACUCAAAUUUACUGCAAAAGCUGGCGCUCACCAUAAACUUGAAAAGAUUGUGCAACAGCUAGUAGAGGACCGGUUGCGGGUCUUGGAGUUGACCAUUUUUGACAAACAUUUCCAAGAGUUGAAGGACAGAGUAGACAAAAUUGAGUGUGCCACCAAACACCAAACCGCCAUUACCACACUCCAAGCCAAGAUAAGCCGACUAACAAAAAAGUUUGGAGAGGCCAAUCAGGCAUCGGAGAACAAAAGGAAACAGGAGGCAAUUGCUGCUGCCGCCGCCGCCGCCGCUGCUGCCGCCGCCGCCAAGACUGCAACUGUUACAAAUAACCCUCAAGUUCAACGGCCAGUCCGUACUUCCAUGGAGUUUAAGCAGAUCCCAACUACGUGCAGCACAGCUGCAAAUCCACAUACGCUAGCUCUGCCAGCUCCUGCCACAGGUCUGGCACAUACACCCACCUCCACUGCCAUGGUUUCACAGGCCCCCAUCCUCCAGCUGAUCACCACCACCACCUCGAAUACUGGCUCCACCUUGGCCACUGGCAUCACCACUCAGAGUCACACAGGCACCCUGCUGCUGAAGACUGCCUCCACGGGCCAGCCGCUCCUCAUCCAGCUGCCUUUAUCGAUGGCUAAUGGCCAGGCAGGAACACUGGUCAACAUCCCCGUCUCUACUUUAUCUGCCGCCAGCUCACUCGGCAAGUCCAAAACCACAACUUCCACUGCCACUUUUAUACUGAAGCCUGCUCCCGCUAUUACCACUUCACCAGCCUCUGUCCCAGCUGUUGCUACUGUCCCAGCGCUCCAGGCCUCCCCUGGCCAGAUGUCCUCUGCUCAGCUCUCUCUUGCCCGUGCUGUGUACCAGGGGGGUGCUGGUGGGAUAACGACACCUAACGCAGGGGUAUCUGUGACCACUGCCAGGAUGCCGGCUCAGUCUGUGUCUGUAGCAGGAGCUAUGUCUUCUGCCUCUUCACCCGCAACCUCUGGGCCGGCAGCAACAGGGUCCACUGCUCCAGGACCACCACAAGGGACGUCUCUGACAUCAAAGACAGACAACCAAGCUACAGGAUCCACUCCAUCCAAAGCAGCUGCUCCGGCGGCACGACCCAAAGGUUCGGUCAUUGAUCUCACUGAGGACGAUGAUGAUGUACAAGUGACAGGAGUAAAGAACGCCACUGUUGCAGCUCCCUCACCUACCUUGCGUCCUAACCCGGUCAUCAGCAUUUCCAACAGUGCAGGACCAAGGUCGUCCCCGCAAAGCAAUCAGAACUCUAACGGCAAUCCUCAGUUGACAGUCCACCACCGCCCCCCACUGGACUCUCCAAUGAAAUCCCGCACCGUAACCCCUAGUACGCCAACCCGAGUACUGCCCCCUCUCCCCGCUGCACCCGCAACUCCACGCUUACCCCCGGAGGCGGAGCGGACCUCACUUCCUCAGCAACCUCAGCUGAAGCUGGUGCCAAGUCAAACCGGUAUAGUGCUGUCCUGGUGUGUGGCAGAAACUGAUCGGACCUGUGCAGCCGUAGACAGCUAUCACCUCUAUGCCUUCCAUCAAGACAACUCCAACAGCAGCGCAGCGCAGCAGCACUGGAAGAAGAUUGGGGAGGUUAAGGCCCUUCCUCUGCCGAUGGCCUGUACGCUGACCCAGUUCCAGUCUGGCUCCACUUAUCAUUUUGCUGUUCGAGCCAAAGACAUCUACGGCCGCUUUGGCUCCUUCUGUGAACCUCAGUGCACAAAUGUCAUCAAUUCCAGCCCAAGCUGAACAGUUAAAAAAAUGGAAACAAGUUUUUGCAUUUGAAAGUUCAUGACUUCUUUUACUUCUUUUUAUGUUGGUAACUCAAAUAUUGUGCAUUGAACACAUACAGUAUCUGUAAAUAUCUCUCUCUGCAUAACAACUGGACUUCUGACUGAGUUGGAGAAUUGACUGAGUUUGAGAAUUGAAGCGGCAAAUGGUUGGUUUUGGUUUAAUGUACGUAAUGUAGUUUUUGUGACUCAAGCUGUUGUAUAUAAUUGAACAACUUUGCCCCUCUACCAAGUGAGAUAUUUAUGUUGUUGUCUCCUGUUACUCUGAUCCGGCUGUCUUUUGCUUUACUUGAGAGUAGGUGACAGGAUAAUCAGUGUACACUCAUAAUUGCACAGACAUGUAUAAAUGUGUGGUAGAAACUGAAUGAUAACUUUUGUAAGUUUUGUCUGGCAACCAGACUUUGACAGACACAAUAAAAGGUUUU